AUGACCAAGGACCCCUCGUCGGCCACCGCCAACGAGGCUCCCAUGUCGCCAUCGCCCCGGCUGGCGAAGGACCCGCUCUUCGCACAGCUGGCCGACUCGCCGCUGCCAGCCGGCAAGCAUUCAUCGGGAUCGGGUCUCGCCGGCAGCGGCGGGUCCACGACCCCGGCAAAUGCCUCCUCGCAGGAUACCCUUUCCACGGCGGCCGGGUCGAUGAGCUUGACUGGCGGCGGCGGCGGCGGUACUGGUGGCGGUGGCGGCGGCGGCGGCGGCGGCACCGGCCCUGCCCACCACACGGUGCUGCCGCCAUCAUCGCUGUACCAGCACUCCCACAAGUGCGCACAAUGUGGCUGUCACCUUUCCUCGGCGGCUGAUGGCUCCGGUUCGGCGGCCGCUCUGGCCGCCAGUCCGACAAAUGGCGUGGCCUCGUUGAGCGGCGGCGGCGGCGGCGGCGGCGGCGGCACCGGCGCUGGGCCCGGCCCCGGCCCCGGCACCAGCGUGCGCGAUGCCGACACACAGACUCGACGCAAUCAGGAGUCCGCCUCGGUAUCGCACCACUUUGCCUUCCAUGACCCCCACCCGCCUGAGUGGCCGGAGUACGGGUCCUUCCUGUACUACCUGCUGUACCCCUUCACCACCAUCCUGGACAGCAUCACGCGCUUUGUCAACUACAUCCGGUCCAUGCACCGGCUGCGCAAGCUCCGCAGCCACCCACCGCCCAAUGUCAAGGGCUACCAGAUCGACCUGACUUUCGAGCAGUCACGCAAUGGCUCCAAGGUCGACGCCAGCAGCUGGCUGCUGAUCGUCAUUAACGCCCUGCUGCAGGUCAGCACCAUCGGCGUGGUCCUGGUGUCGGCGGUGUUCGUGGCGCUGGAGAUUCGCUCGGACAAGGGGUCCGCCGGCAGCGGCCCGGAUGUCGGUGGCGAUGGCAGCGUCUCGGCUGUGCCGUACCUGGUGUCCAUGCUGCUGAUGUACUUCCUGCAUGCGGCCACCGCGUCCAUCGGGUACAUUUGUGUCCUGCGCCGGGUGGUGCUCUAUGCCUUCGUUCACUGGAUCCUCCUGCUCUUCUUCUUCCUGGUCAACGUCAGCCUCCUGACGGUGGUCUACUCCAUCUUCAUCCAGCAUUAUCGCCACUCGGCAUCGCUGUCCUACUCGAUCAUUCUCUUCUUGGCCACCCUCAGUGCCAUGAUCCACCUGCUGGCCACACUCCAAUUCUACCGGUUCUGGAAGAACUUGCGUGACAGCACCCUCCGCGAGACGGCCAUCAUCGUCAAACCCGACACGGAGCACCUCAUCCGCGUGCCGGACCACCAUCAUGCCCAUCCAUCCCACUCGCGCUACCACCCCCACCUGGACUUCGAGCAUCCGGCGUCGCAUCUGCACCAGCAGCCCCUGGAGGGCGAUUACUUCCACCGGCAUUCCGAUGACCAGGAGCGCUUCCUCUUCCAGGACAACUUCUCGCACGCGCAGCUGGCCAGUGUCCAUCAUGCCCGGCCGGUUGAGCCGGCCGAUGAUCAGCGCAGCCCGUCCGGCCUGGCUGGCCUGAUGUCCGACGCUCGGAAGCUGAUCACCGGCCAGCUCCGGGGCGGUCGGUCCGAACACCAGCACUCGAGCUCGCAUGCCUCGACCGAGGCGUACGAAAUGCAAUGAGACCAUGGGCAGGCGGGCAUGUAUUUGACCAUGUCACCCCCCGAUCCAGCACAUGCGCACUCGUCAAUAGAAAACUUGUACACUA